GAGGAAGGUAAGCGAGGAGAAAGAGGAACCAAGAGGAAGGAGAGAAUCUACGGAUUCGUACAGAGGAAGGCGAAGCAACAGUGACUGUUUCCCUCCGAUUACGGCAAAUAAGGUCGCCGUAAGUGUUGAUUUUUCCCGGGGAAGUUUCCGUUUCUUGGAUGAUAUGUUUUGGAAUCUGGCGCCGUUGUUCUGUUCGUGUUAGAUUAUCAAUCUUUGAAUUUCAUGAAAUGGAACUUGCUAUGGACUAUGGUUGAAGAAGAAUGGAUUCUUUAUUGGAUUUAAAUUAACUCUAGUUUUCUUUCUUUUUAUGGAUUUGACAUUUACGUUUGUAUAUAUAUGAUAUAUCUGUCAUGGCCACCAAAAACUUUGUUUGUAUGUUGCGUUUUGAGAUCAGUCUAUUCUUAAUCUUAAUGCAAUCACAAUCACUACUUCACCAGUAGUAUUUAAGUGAAAGUUGUAGUCUUGUUAUUAGUGGAGGUAACUAUGAUCAGAUAAGAUGUUUUUUUCUUAUUAUCACCAGGGGACUUUGAUCAUGGAUAAUCCAGAGAGGUUUGACCAAACGAAUCAAGGCUCUAGCUCUUCUAUUCCAAGUAAGAGGAAAAGGGGUCGUCCUCGCAGUGAUGAAGUCCAACAACUGAACCCACCUGUUACCGCCAUUGAUGAGAAUCUGAUAGGUCAGAUGGUUUCUGGUGUGGUUGAAGGUUCUUUCGAGGCUGGCUAUUUUCUCAACGUGAAGGUCGCUGACACGGAUAAGCAAUUUAAAGGCAUUGUUUUCUUACCUGGCAAAGUCACUCCAGUUACUCCAACAACUGAUUUGUUUCCCCAAGCUAAAAUGUAUGCAAGAGAAGUUCCUUCUCUAAACCAACAAACUCCAACCACUCAGUCCAAGAGAGACGCUGGGAAUCAAACUGAUUUUCAUCCUAUGAGCGAUGAGGGUGUUGGUUCUGAGGCUAUUGAUACAGAGAUGAAAGAUGUUGGUGGCUCUUCUGCAGAGGAUAAACUCACUGAACCUGAAGGCCAAACCCUCUCUCUGAUGCCACAGUUUGCCAGUGAUGAUGCACCCAAAGAUGACCAUACCGUCCUGAGAUCUGAAGCCUGUGGAGCAACACUUGAAACGAAUCCAACGCAGGCCACGGGAUCUAGCUCUACGCUAAGCCUUGACCUCUUUCAGAAUGAGACUAAGCGAUCCGGAUUAACUGAGGACGAGGAAUCUCCUAAAGACGCUGAAACUCGUGGAAUGGAGGGAAAAACGGUUUCUCUCGUUGAUGAUGUGCCAGAGGAGCUUCAGCUAGAGCUUGGCAACAAGAAAAUGAGUGCUACAUCCAAUGCAGCUGAAACAAAUCCUGAUCAGGCUACUUCAUCAAAAGGUGGGCUCUUGGCGAACUUGUUUGAAAGUAGAGAAGAAACAGCGAAAGGGCCAGAAGAAACUAAUGCAGGUUCAGGGAGUGGGGCAACAACAACAACACAAGUAGAUGAUAAUGAUUCUUGAGAAAUUGAUUGCAACAGCAAAAACGCUAUUGGUAUGACUCGGAAACUGAAGAGCUUUUGUUUCCCUUCAUUUGGUUGGAAACUUAGAAUAGUCGGCAUAAUUAUCAGUCUCUCUCUCUCUCUCUUUUUGUUGCAUUAUGUUGUUGCCCUUUUUCAACAAACACACAUUUUGGCUAAAUCUUUCUUUUGCAUUAGGUUUCUCCAUUCACGUUUAUGCAACUUCGGUGAUUCUUUCAGUCCCCAUUUUCAGGAAGAAAAGACGAAAUACUAAUGCAAAAUGAAAAUAGUGACUAAAGAGGUUUGAAAUUAGGAUUGUGAAGCUCUGGUGAAGUUUCUUACUUCAGCCGAAAUAAUUUCUAGAUAUGAGCUUUUUGUUUGUAUUUUUCUUUUUUCAGAUAUUUUUUGUCUUUCGGCGUAAAGCUGACUCCGGAAAAUCUCAAAAUAUUAUUUACAUUUGAUAAUGUGGACAAAUAUACGAAGCCCAUAAUGUGGACAUUUUACGAUUUUCAUUCUUUUAUAUUUCGAAAAUGCAUGUCAAAUAGACUAAGGAUAUGCAGUAUACAAAUACAGCCAUCAUGUGUUUCACCGUAAGCCAUCAUGUGUUUCACCGUGUAAAUCAUCAUGUAUUUUCUUUGGGAUACAAAUACUUAAGCUCACCAAUAAAUAUGAACCACGAAACCUAUUAUGUCAAAUGUUAUUUUGUUGCAUAACCUUAUAUCUCCUUUUUUUCUCUGCUCUUUCUUGAAGACAAAACCCUAGAUCUGAUUUUCUAGGUAGCCGAUGCAGUGUUUCGCCGUCGGCUCAGCCAGAAAAGGUUCUGUGUUCUCUUCUUCUUCUCGCUUCUUUCUCUCUCUGUCUCUCUCAGCCAAUAUGUUUGUUGUCAUGUGGCUUGGCCUUCACCGCGGCUCUGCUGGUUUGGUCUUGGAAUCGCAGCGAGGUUAGGAGAUUUAGAGGGUUUGAAGUUUCUCGGUCAGGUGUGGGUGCGGAAGCUUAGGUUUGGGGUCCAUAUCUAGGUGUCGAAGUGGAGUCUGUCUCUCUUUUAUGCCCUUCAUCCUCCUUCUCGGCGAGGGUGUGCUCCUCUCGUGGGCCUGUUCCGGUGGAGAGCUAAGCGGCUAUGGUCUAAGGGAGUGUUUCCUCGAUCACGCCUCUUGUCUCUUUCUUGGUUCUUUAAGGUCUGUCAGUUGGAUCUCACGGUGGUUUGUCUGGUGAAAUCAUCGUUUCCGGUAGGACAGAGCAGAUCUACUUCGGGUUCUCCGAUAUGGAGGCGCGUGAGACCAAGGAUCUGUGGCUUUGUUAUCCUGGGUCCUCGGUUCUGUGGCGGCGCGUUUGGUUCUGGCCAGCCUCAUGGGCUUCAUCUAGGGCCUGCUCGUGACUGCUAUUCGUGGAGUGGUGUUGGUUGUGUCUGUCUGUUUGAUUUCAGGUGCGGUGGUGCGGCGCUUCUCGGCGGUUCAUCUUCCUCAAUAAAGACUCGGCUUUGGCUUGCAUGUAUGCUUGGCCUCGGAUUUUACUGUCUGAUUGUGUUGGCUGCAGCUUUUUUUCAUCAAAUGCUGGGAAGGGAUAAAAGGGUCAAAAAAAUCUAUUAUGGACCACAUGUAUUUUUGUUUAAAAAUUAAAAAAAGAAAAAUCGAAAAUA